AUUGCAAUCAAUAACCUUACGAUAUACUAUCAUGUCAGGCACAAAAUAUCAACCUAUUAAGAGUAAUCUACAAGUCUAUCCUGUAAGAUUUUUGCCGGAUGAAGAUUUGAAGGAAUGUUUAAAAAGAUUUGUUCAGGAUGCCGAUUUAAAAGCUCCAUUUAUUCUUACUUGUUGUGGAAGUUUGAAAAGAGCGAAAAUUCGUUUGGCUGAUGCAGAAGUGGGCAAAGAUAACAAAACUAUUACUUUGGAUGGCCGCUACGAAAUAAUAUCUUUGGUAGGAACCUUAAAUGGUAAUGGUCAUCUUCAUAUAUCUUUGGCUGAUGACAAGGGUCAACUUAUUGGUGGGCAUGUGGUAAGUGAUUUAAUCAUCUAUACAACAGCCGAAGUUGUAAUUGGUGAAUGUAAUGACACAUUAUUUUCACGAGACACAUGUGACAAGAGCGGUUGGGAUGAAUUGGUUGUAACAAAAAAAAAUUAA